UGCACUGCGAUUUGCUUUACUUUAUUUAAAAACUAAUUAGGCAACAAUGUCUGGAAUUAUUGUAUCCACAUGUCUUUUAGUCGUAACCGAGGAAAUACAUAUUUGAUCCGUAAAGCGAGGUACAAGAAUAAGGGAUGGUUAUUUUGACAUUACCACAACUCUCCUCUGCUUCAGGCUAAGGUUGAAGAGCUGCUGCAUAAUCCCACAUUUCUGCUCUCUGCGGGCCUUAAGGACCAACAUCUUCUCAAUCUGCAGCUUUCCAUUUGUUAUUCAUGUUCAUUUGAAAGUUAAAUGUUCAUUUUGUAUUUUAAACUCUCGUUCCAGACACCCAUGUUGUUCCGGCUUUUGAGAAGUUUAAUUUGCUCCAUCCACCCCCGAGCUCAUUCACUUCUCUAUCAGGUUGGUUUUCGGAGCAAUCCGGCCUCCUGCCCCCGUCACUCCCGUUUCAUCGCUGCUGCUCAUUCAUGCUGCUUUGUUCAAGGAUUCCCACCCUGGCCUCCCACUCUCACUCAUCCCCAGCCAUCUGCCCAUCCUGCCAUCACUGUUAGAUCUUCACACCCUCAAAACAUCCACCCAGUUAACUUCAGGUACAGUAGGUGGAGUUCAUUCCACACUGCAGGAUGCAGGAUGGAUUCUUCUGACUGGGACAGGCAGCCUUUGAACAAACGAAGGAAAAGUGGAGAUGAGAAGAGAAGGAAAGAGACAAAAGAAGUAUAUGGAGCAGAAGGAGGAGCAAAGGUGACAGGAGUCAAGACCAAAGAGGGCAAGUCCAAGAGGGAGCAAUAUUUAAAAGAUAAAAUAUGGAAGAGAGGGGAAAUUAGAGCUGAAAAACCUGUAAGCACGGAAAACAUCGGAGAUAAAGAACGGACUAAAACUGGGUAUGAAGACAAUCCCAGUAAAGAUGGUACAGCUAGAACUCCAAAUCAGCAGUCAGCACCUGCAGGAUCUGGGAUCCAAAUCCACACGUUCAGACCAGAGCAAGAUCCAAGCGCAGUCCCUAAAUCCAACCCGUGGUUCCGAGGGAAGGGCGGGCCCGCUGGCCCUCAGAGGAACACACCGGGACCAGCAGAACCACUAAAACAUGGAGCUCUCCAGAGACAUUGGGAGAUCUGCAGUUCGGAGCUCCAGCCCCCGAGGGGGAACACGGAGUUUGACUUCUCAGUGAUGUCCUACAACAUCCUGUCUCAGGAGCUCCUGAAGGACAACUCCUACCUUUACCACCACUGUCCCCCCGGGGUCCUGCUCUGGGACUACAGGCUGCCCACCCUGCUGACUGAGAUCCAGCAGCAUAACGCAGACAUUCUCUGUCUUCAGGAAGUGCAGGAGGACCACUAUGAAAACCAGAUCAAACCUGCUCUACAGGCUCUAGGUUAUCAGUGCGAGUUUAAGAAGCGGACAGGAAGGAAGCCAGACGGCUGUGCCAUUGCCUUCAAAACGUCCCGCUUCUCCCUCCUCUCCUCCAACCCUGUGGAGUAUUUCCGGCCUGGCGACGCUCUCCUUGACCGGGACAACGUGGGGCUGGUUGUGCUCCUGCAGCCCAACAUCGGCCCAGGCCAGCCAGAGGCCUCCUCCUUCAUCUGUGUGGCCAACACUCACCUGCUCUUCAACCCUCGCCGCGGGGACAUCAAGCUGGCCCAGCUGGCCAUCCUGCUGGCUGAGAUCAGCCGGCUGUCCGGCCUCCCCGACGGCUCCAGCAGCCCCGUCGUGCUGUGUGGAGAUUUUAACUCAGUCCCCUGGAGUCCCCUGUACAGCUUCCUGACCAGAGGCUCACUAUGGUACCAAGAACUAACCAUUGGCACGGUAUCUGGUCAGGAAGCCGUUUCCAGAGGGCAACGUCUCCUGCCAUUUCCAAUUUGGUCUCCCAGUUUGGGAAUCAACCAUCGGUGUCGGUAUGAGAGCACACCCACAGCUAAAUCCUCCCCUCCCAGCCCAAAAGCCUUGAGUGAAGAGAGGGCAAGGGCACUUACUAGGCACAAUCAGGAGACGGGGGGGCGUAUUGAGCACAGCCUGAAGCUGCAGUCGUCCUACCGGCACCACCUGGCCCCGGACGGCCGGCCUGAGAUCACCACCUGUCACUCACGCACAGCCCUGACCGUGGAUUACAUCCUGUACAGCCCUGCAUCGGUUCCUGGUGGCUGUGGCCUGCAGCUGCUGGGCCGGCUGUCUCUGGUCGGCCAGUCUGAGAUGGAGGAAGUCCACGGCCUGCCCAACCCACGGCACCCGUCCGACCAUCUCCCCCUCCUGGCCAGCUUCCGUUUGUGCUGCGGACCGGGCUCAGCACGCCGCCAUCGGGCCGCCAGCGAGACCAGAUGAGACUGGAAUGCUGGAGAGUAGUCCACAAAGAAAAGCAUAUUUUAAGCAAGGGAUUAGAAAGGAUUUCAAAGCAAAGUAGUGUAAGAACCAACUAAGUCUUUUUUUGUUUGUUUUUUUCCUCUCCUAAAGACGGGAGCAUGUCUUGUGGUUUGAAUAUUGAGAUCUGUUUCGUUAUUGCAUCUAAGCCUCCUCGGCUUGUACACAUGCAAUUAGUGUCACUUUGAGUUUACUAAAAACCUGCUCAGAAAAGGAGAUCAAAUCCUGCUCACUAUAUAGAAAUAAUAAAUACAUACCCUAAAGCAGGGGUCUGCACCAUUUUUUAGCCCAGGGAAUCCUCUUUGGGUGAGAGAAAAACAGAGCAGGGACCCCCGCUUGGAAUUCUUACUUUUUCCCUUUUUUUUAAUGUGUCAAGUUUUAAGCCUGGCUUAUAAUAACGUUUGAAUGUGUUUUAUUCUACUUAUCACCUUAUUAACCAAUUCCUGACUGGGUUAUUAGCUACAUGUGUUUACGGUUGAUGAAACUUUGGCCUCGUCAGACGUGGAAGGAGUAACGUUAGGCCGAGCUGGAACGUUACAAUCUCCAGCUUUAGGCUUCCUUAUUGUCACUAAUUUAUCCAUCAGGUCUAACUAGCGUUAAAUAUGAAAUAGCCAAGUCAAUUUCACAACAGAUUUUCUCUUGUUAAACAGCUAACUAGCUUGUUUUUCCACCCUAAAGUUGACAUUAGUCAUAU